UUGGCUGAUCAACUGCUCAAAGAAAAGGUUCGCUGGUCGGAAAAGGAAAACCUCAAGGCACCUCUGCGAAACGAAACCGGCAAGUCGCCCGGGCAUACCGACGAUCGACCGGCCGGCCGGCCGGAAGGUUAGCCAUGAACUCCGCCUUAAUGUGCUGCGCGGCGCGGCGAGCGCGUGAAGCAAGGGACAGGGUGGCGAUCGGCGUCCCGCUCACGGAGCCGUUGCGGAUGCGAGCAGAGGGCGAGGCCUGGGUGGCCAUCGGCGUCCCGCUCAUCGAGCCUCAUCCCCGGCGCAAGCCUAGCCCCUGGGAGACGCCUUUAAUCUGGUUUUUUGCGAUCACCGGUGGAAUUGUAUUUACAGUUAUGAUCGCCAUAAUGGAUGCGUCACUCGGUGCGAAAAUACUUUCUAUAUGCAUAUUAUGGGCUUUUUUCAUGACUGGAGCACUCUGGAUUUUGUAUGAUCUCCGCCAUGCUCCAGAGGACAUAACAUAAUUCUAAUCGCUUCACUUCAAGGCUGGUUUUCUUGAUUGGUGUA